UUGGUAACAGAUGUGACUUUCUGGGGUGAUGUUAUUGUAACGCCAUUGCAAGCGGCCUAUAGCGAUAAAGUUUUUGAACCAAUGUAUGAAGAAGACGGCAAAGAAAAGAGUGCAGCAGCUACCGCGGAAAAAUCCGAGGCGAUGGAUACUCAGAGCUGA